GAUCCGCCAAUGACCGAUGGAGUUGUGACUCGGCCCCUCUUCGGUGGAUCCGUUUAAAUAGCAGCUCGAUAUGCAGACUCGGCAAUUCAAACUUUGGUCGAAGUCUGCCAAUUGUGCUAUCUCGUUCCAAACAACAGGUCCAAGAGAGAUGGAGAAUCAUGCAUAUGUAAUCCAGGUUAGCGGUAACGGCAACCUCCACGACAGCAUAAACGGGAGAUUCUUACCUGCCAAAAUGAAAAUAAGAAAACCCAAAUGGAACAUCAAAGCUUCGGAAAUGUCCAAUAAAACAUUUAACCCGAUACGAGCUAUAGUGGACAGCAUGAAGAUUGAACCAAAUCCUAACAAAAGUAUGAUUCGGCUCUCCAUUGGUGAUCCCACUGUGUUUGGAAAUCUUCCCACUGAUGAAGAGGUACUACAUGCAAUGAAGGAGGCAAUAGAUUCUGGAAAAUAUAAUGGAUAUGCUCCUUCUAUUGGGUACCAAAGCAGUCGUGAGGUUGUUGCCAGCUAUUAUACCGGCCCAGAAGCACCCCUGGAUGCCAUGGAUGUCAUCCUAACCAGUGGAUGUAGUCAAGCUAUUGAAAUGGCAAUUGGUGUGCUGUGCAACCCAGGAGACAACAUCCUUGUGCCUUGUCCAGGAUUCUCUCUAUACAAAACAUUAGCUUUGUCCAUGGGCAUUGAUGUCAAACUAUACAAUUUACUGCCUGAAGAAUCCUGGGAAAUUGACCUGAAACAGCUAGAAUCUUUAAUUGAUGAUAAGACCAGUUGCAUUAUUAUUAACAACCCUUCUAACCCCUGUGGAUCAGUCUUCAGUAAAUCUCAUCUUCAGAAAAUUCUUGCAGUUGCUUCUAGAAACUGCAUACCCAUAUUGGCUGAUGAAAUUUAUGGAGACAUGGUAUUCCCUGGUAGCAGAUAUUAUCCCAUUGCACCACUGAGCACUGAUGUUCCCAUUCUGUCUUGUGGUGGUUUAGCAAAGAGGUGGUUGGUGCCUGGGUGGAGACUUGGCUGGAUACUUAUCCAUGACAGGAAGGACUUAUUUGGAAGUGAGAUUAGAGAAGGACUGAUCCGAUUAAGCCAAAGGAUUCUGGGACCAUGCACAAUUGUUCAAGGAGCUUUGAAGGACAUUAUUAAUAACCCUUCACAAGAGUUUUAUAGCAGUACAAUACACAUCAUGAAGUCAAAUGCUGACAUCUGCUACAAUUCCCUUUCGAGUGUCCCUGGACUUCGGCCAGUCAGGCCAUCAGGAGCUAUGUACCUUAUGGUUGGUAUUGAAAUGGAGCACUUUCCAGAGUUUCAGUCCGACGUGGACUUCACUGAGAGGCUCGUAGCGGAACAGUCUGUUUUCUGCCUUCCUGCCACGUGCUUUGAAUAUCCAAACUUCUUCCGAAUUGUCGUAACAGUGCCAGAGGAGAUGAUGGUGGAGGCUUGCAACCGAAUUCAAGAGUUCUGUCAGCAGCACUACGAACCUUACUCCAACCAUAUCAUUCAGGACAUUGAUUGUGAUAAAUGAAAUGACGUACUGAGGAACAUUGAGCUGGGACUGAAAAGACUGAAUGCAAUUCUUGCUACUGUACUUUGAUGCCAAACCCUUUGAUUAAUUUAACAGUGUGCAGAAAAAUGGCAAUUGCAAUCGAAAUUUAAUAUGCAAAAGUAGUCAUGUGAAGAGACCUUUUUCUCACUCUGUCUAAAGGAAAAUGCCCAUAUCUUUUUUUUUUUGUAAAAAUAUAUAAACUACAUUGAAGUUUCAUUUACCUUUUGAAAAAUGUGUACAUUAUGUACCUUUAGGCCUGCUAAGCAGAGUACUGUAGUAAUUUAGUACAUUCACAUUCUUAUUUAAAUAGAUUUUAGGAAAAUGUUAUACAUGUCUGAACUGUGUUUAUAAUAUUUAUGAAAAUAUGCAUAUAAGCUAAACUGCAUGCAGAACAAUUAUUUUAAGAGGAUCCGCAUUUUAUAUUUACUACAUAAAAACUAUUGAGUUGCAACUUCAUAACAGAAUAUGGUUUUGUUUCACCAAUAUGGAACAUUAUGGUAUUACCACUUAAAAAUUGUUUUCUAUUAUUUCUUUUUCUAUUUAAAUGUUCAAGUUAAAGACAUGUAAAGUGAAGCUUUCUUUUUUACUGUGAUUAUUAAUUUCAUUUUUAUCUGCUGUAUGUUUAAUAUAAACAUUAAGGUUAUAAAA